UUUCUAUCGUGAAAGGAACUGAUUCCUGUCCCGUGCACCAUUCCUCUUUCCUCGGAGAAAAACCUCUUACAGGAGCCUAAAACCCUAGAUUUCCUGUAGGGAACGCGGCAGUUUUAUUGGAGAAGACUGUGGAAAUGGAAGCUUUGUUGUUGAAGAUCGUCUUCAUUCUCGCGAUCAUCUCCGUCUCUCUUCCAACCUCGUCCUCUAUACCGUUCAUCCUCUUGCACGGAAUUGGUGAUGCAUGCCGUAAUCGGGGUGUUAAGCGGUUUACCGAGCUGCUAAGUGAGUGGUCUGGUUCUCAAGGUUACUGCCUGGAAAUUGGGAAUGGUUCAUGGGACUCCUGGUUAAUGCCACUUGAUCAACAGACACAGGUUGCAUGCGAGAGGGUCAAGGAAAUGAAAGAAUUAAGUGGGGGUUUCAACAUCGUUGGCCUUUCACAGGGAAACUUGAUCGGUCGGGGGAUAGUUGAGUUUUGUGAAGGCGCACCGCCUGUUAACAAUUUCGUCUCGCUGGGCGGCCCUCAUGCUGGUACUGCUUCUGUGCCACUUUGUGGGUCAGGAAUUUUCUGCAUAAUUGCGGAUGAACUCAUUAAGACAAAGAUAUACUCUGAUUAUUUGCAGGAACACCUUGCUCCAAGUGGUUAUCUCAAAAUUCCUACAGAUAUAUCUGAUUAUCUGGAAAAAUGCCGCUUCCUUCCAAAGCUCAACAACGAAAAACCAGAUGAGAGGAAUGCCACUUAUAAAGAAAGAUUCAGUAGAUUGAAGACUUUAGUUCUCAUAAUGAGUGAGCAAGACAAUGUUCUGAUUCCUAGAGAGACAUCUUGGUUUGGCUAUUACCCCAAUGGUGCCUUCAGUCCAGUUCUAUCGCCACAAGAGACCACGCUUUACAUAGAGGACUGGAUUGGUUUGAGAGCUUUGGAUGAAGCUGGUAGAGUUAAGUUUGUCAGUGUACCUGGAAGUCAUCUAGGAAUUGUACGGAACGAUAUGAAGAAAUACAUGGUGCCCUACCUAAUAGAUAAUUCUUCUCCCAAGCCUCUUACAUCAUCCAUCUGGUUUGAAUCAGCCCGGGACAAUUUGCCUGUUAUUUCUACAUUUAUCGAUACGUAGAACGAAUUAUUUUUCCUUUUUUAUCUAAAUUUAUGUUGUGCAAUGUAGUAAGAGCACAAUUUAUUGGCUUGUGUAUGUAUGUAAAUUUGUAUUUGUAUUAUUGGCACAGGUAGUAUUCAAACUCCUUUUACUUUUCUUUUAA